GUAUUGGUUUUGCUUCCAUGACAAUGAUCGGAUUAUGUAACAUCUACUACAUUGUUCUCAUCGCCUACACGCUCUUCUAUCUGAUCAACUCGUUUCAGCGACACCUGCCAUGGGAAAGAUGUGGCAACAUCUGGAACUCGAAAAACUGCUUUGCUGCAGGAGACAACAUAACAAAACUGACAGCCAGGAACCUGACCCUCAAUGAAACAGUCUCUCCUGCCAAGGAAUAUUGGGAUAACCAGGUGUUAGGCUUAACUGCUGGAAUUCACGAUAUAGGCAGUGUAAGAAUGGAAUUGGUUCUGUUGCUGCUGCUGGCUUGGGUUUUAGUCUACAUGGUGAUCUGGAGAGGACUACACCAGAGCGGGAAGAUCAUCUGGUUCACCGCUUUAUUUCCGUACGUCCUUUUGCUGGUCUUGUUUGGUCGUGGAAUAACACUAGAGGGAGCAUCGAAAGGAUUAAUAUAUUACGUCAAACCAGAGUUUGAUAAACUCACCGACCCGCAGGUGUGGGUGAAAGCAGGAACCCAGGUUCUUUUUUCAUAUGGGAUCGGUAUAGGUGCUAAUGUUGCCCUUGGAAGUUAUAACAAGUAUCACCAUAAUUUUCACAGGGACUCACUUAUUGUAUGCUGUAUUAGUAGUGGGACCAGUCUAUUCUCCGGUCUUGUGAUUUUUUCCGUCCUCGGCCACAUGGCGCACGUCCAGCACAAGGACGUCUCAGAGGUGGCCCGAUCUGGCCCUGGACUGGCCUUCUUAGCAUACCCAGAAGUCGUUGUCAGACUUCCACUGGCUCCCUUAUGGGCAGUUCUUUUCUUCCUGAUGUUAAUAGUGUUGGGUACCGAUAGCCAAUUUUGUACAGUGGAGGCCUUUGUCACAGGAGUUGUUGAUGAGUUUCCGAAUGUACUUCGACCACGUCGCAAACUUUUUACUUUUCUUGUUGUUAUUCUCCAGUUUCUUCUAGGAAUUCCUCUUGUUACUCAGGGAGGACAAUACUUGUUCCAGCUAAUGGAUGAUUUUUCAGCAAGUGGUGUCACGUUGUUAACUGUCGUUUUCUUUGAGAUCGUUGGAUUUGCUUGGAUUUACGGUACAAAACAGAUUUGUCUGAACAUACAAGACAUGACUGGGUUUCAUCCAAACUACUAUUUCACCUUAAGUUGGAUGGUGGCGGCACCUGUUGUCAUUGUAGGGAUCUUCUUGUUUUCUGUGUUGAAGUACGAGGGUGUGACCUAUGCUAAUACUUACAAGUAUCCCUGGUGGGGAGAGAUGUUAGGCUGGGGGAUGUCCUUGGCUGCAAUUAUUUGGAUUCCUUGUUACGCCAUCUAUUAUCUCAUGACGACAUCAGGGACCCUAAAAACCCGACUGAAAAAAGGAUUGAGUCCAGUUAUGGUACCAACUUAUGAAAAAGAAGUAAUCUUUACUGAAAAUGGUGAAAACGCCGAGGCCCAUGUUGCUGUUGUUUAUAAGACUAAAGAUGCUAAAGUGUUUAAUGACAUUUAAACACGCUCGAUGGCGCCACCUCUACAUUAGUUGCCGUCAACGAAGCCUAGAUUUCUUGUAUUAUCGUCGUGUGGACAUUUGUACAAAUAUAUAAAAUGUAUAACAAGGGUCAUUUCUAGGAAGAUUCAAUUUUAUAAACUAACAUACGUUAUUUUUAUUGAAUAUUUGUUGGUCUAGGUAGAUUCAGCUAAGUUAUGUUUGCCCAGUUUUUUUUUUGAUGAAUAUUUUACUGAUUUGCUAUUGUAAACUUGAUGAAUUAAGGGGUCAAUUUUAUCUUUAGUAUUUCUUUAAAAAACGAAAUAUUUUAUUCAACUAACGACCUUAAUAGACGUAGUAGAACAUACCUUAUGUGUGUAGCCAUAGCUCGUACAUAGGUAAGAAUAAUAACCAAAUAAUGGAAAUUACUGGAAUCUUGUGAUAACUGUUUUACUUCUAGUGCGUAAGCCUAAUCUACGGCGACGAUCCAUAAUCACCUUCUUACUUAGUCUUUACUCUUUUUUUCUGUGUUUAAUUUAUAUUUUCAAAUAACGCUUGAUUAAGACCGACGGCAUUUUGUUCAUUUUUCAAUGCAAAAUAGAGAACAAAUAAAAAGCAGUUGAAAAACAAAAUAAAACAAAAACUUAUUUGUGAUUAGCAAGCUGUAGUUCUUUUUUUUUUCCUAACAGAACGAAAGAAAGUAAUUAAAACAAAUUAGUAGUUGAUAUCUUGGCUAAAAGUAAAAACGUGAUAUUAUUAAUCAUCACAAUAAUGUGUUAAUGAAAACAGUUAAAGUCCUUACAUUUGAUCUAUUUGCUCAAGCUCAUAGGUAGAUAUCUUUCUUAUGUUACAAAACUUUGGUGUGUUGUUAAGCGCAAUGCUACACAAUGGGUUAUCGAAACUCGUUAUUUAGCCUUGUAAGCGCGCAGACUUAUCACUGAACCACAAAACGAAAGAGACUAAUUAAAAAUAUAUAAAUGAAAUAAAAUAAUUAAGGACGUUAUAAUUUAUCUUUGAUGAAUUUCUUUGAUCUUAAAUCCAUCAUGAAGAAUUAAAGAAUCGAUGUUCGUUACUUUUUAACCUUCACAUUUUUAGACUCAAAUUACUUAAAGUUAAAAGUUUAAUGAAUGAUUAAGCUUCCCAAUACUAUCUCAAGAGGUUCAACCAGCUUAGGAGACUUAGGUUAGUCCUAGAUACAUAUACUACGCUAAAAUAUAGAAUAAUCUUUAUAAUAAACAUAAAAUGAUA